AUGGAUUUCGGACCAAAAGGACACGUCAACGACUCGCCAUGGAUGUUGUCUCAUACUCUGCACUACACGCCAGAACAGUAUCCACCAACGCCGACUUCACGCCCUUUCCGAAACUGCAGAGUGCAUCAACUAUCACGUGAUCGCCUCACAGGAAAAAAAGUCCAGAAAGGCAGACUGCAUCAACUAUCACGUGAUCGCCUCACAGGAAAAAAAGCCCAGAAAGGCAGACGUGAGGAUGGCACACUCAUCAUUUGUGAUGAGAAAGUUCCAUCACGGAAAUUGGAGGCGUUGGAUGUGUCUUAA